CUUCAGAUCAUAAUGCAUAAAAAUCCAUGAAACUGGAAUAUUAGUUAUUGCGUUUCAUUGCCCAACUAAAUCAAAUUAAUAUGUGAGUUUGUAGUUAUAUUACCUUCGUUUAUAAGAUGUGUGAUAAACAAUAUAAAAAAGUAUAGAAUAUUGAAAUAUGUUUUAUAUACUUACAUUUUUUAAUCAAUCGAAAAAUUGGACGGUCAUUAUACAAAAUAAACAAAAAAAUAUUUAAUCGAUCGCAUGAUUUGUCCAGUUAUAACUGCAGCAAGUUUGAAUAAAUGAAUUUUUACUUAAAAAUUGCUAAUCAAGAAAUUCGAAACUAUAUGUGGAUGAAUUUAAAGGUGACAAUUUUUUUAAAAGUAGCUAAAAAAGUGUCUGAAUAAAGUUGUUGAUCAAAAAAAGUCCAUAACAUUGAAAUGCAACAUGAGCAGGAGAAAGAGAUAACGUAUUUACCAGAUACAAGACGUUGGCUUCUUUCUAAUUCCCCAUGGUAACGUAUUUAAAAGUUAAAUCAAUACAAAUGAAUCCUUCGGGUGUCCGUUCUACUCCCUGGUUGUGUUGACAGCGUGCUAUGCGUAUACUAUGUCAAAAGCCACCACCAUUAAGGAUGCAAUAAAAAAAUGGGAAGAAAGGCAUCCGGGUAAGAACAUAUCCGAAGCUCCCGAAGUCGGUUUUCAGUUCCAGUGGCCACCAAUUGAAAAAAUGGACAACACUUUGUCUGCCCUAACUAACUGCCAAAAACUGAGCUUAUCUACUAAUAUGAUAGAAAAAAUUGCGGGAAUUAGUGCUUUGAAAAACUUAAAAAUAUUGUCACUUAGUAGAAAUUACAUCAAAUCAUUCUCUGGAUUGGAAAGUCUGGGAGAUACAUUAGAACAGUUGUGGAUUUCGUAUAAUUACAUUGAAAAAGUGAAAGGAGUGCAAAUGUUAAAAAAACUUAAAGUAUUAUACAUAAGUAACAAUUUGAUCAAAGAGUGGCCAGAAUUUAUGAAGUUAAACGAAUUACCUCAAUUAGAGGAUCUAUUAUUUGUCGGUAAGUUAUUGUAUUUUACUUUGUUUUUUUCUGUUGCAUUAUAUUCAGUUCAAGGAAAUCCGCUAUAUGAAAAUUAUGAAGAAUCAACGUGGAAAGUGGAGGCGGCAAGGAGACUACCGAAUUUGAAAAAAUUAGAUGGGGAACCAGUAUUACGUGACAUGUAAAAUAUGAACACUUCUAAAAUUGUUGUAUGUAUGUAGAAACAAACUAUCCAGAUUUUAUCAUAUAAGUUCGUCAGAGUUAUCUUACAUGUAAUCUGGUAUUUACA